CCCUGCGCGCAUGAGCUCGCUCCGCUCCGGCUGCUUCCCGGGAGCCCCGCUCGCUCCCCCGAAAGUGACAAACCGCCGGAGUCGGGGACUCGCUCCUGCCCCGCAGCCCGGAGACAUGGGAGCGCCCCGCACCUGGGCGCGGCGGGCUGCGCUCUGCUGCGCGCUGCUCUGUGCGCCCUGGCUGCCUCUCGGCUGGGCAGGAGAGUGCAAACAGCUGGAGCCCUGUGAGAGGUGCAUUGAAGGAGACGCUUUCCAGAACAUCACCGGCUGCGUGUGGAUGCGCUGCGGAGCCGCGGAGGAGCCAGGGCCCGGGAGCUGCAUUGGGAAGGGAGACGCCAUCAAGGAGACGUGCUCCAUCUACAAUGUCACUGCUGUGUGUCCAGCACGGAGAUCGCCCACCAAGGUGCCUCCACAAGCGUCCACCAAGGAGCCUGAGAUCCUGACCCCAGGGACAACGGCCGGCCCCCCGCUGACAACCACCCCCGAGUUCCGCCCGCCUGGCUUCGACUCGGCCAGCUUCGUGGGGGGGAUCGUCCUCGUGCUGAGCGUCCAGGCCGUCUUCUACUUCAUCAUCAAGUUCCUCAAGUCCAAGGACAGCACCUACCAGACGCUGGAGGAGAACCAGUAGGUGUUGCUGUGUGGCUCUGCUUACACGUGCAAGGCGACAGGAACCGCAACAAGAGAAAACCUCACCUUUUCUUGGGGUUGCCUGUGGAUGGGGGUGGGGAUGGGGGGUGUCUCCAGGGCAGUGUGGUAGCCCAGCCUGCCCCCUCCCUGGCUGUGUGGAGGGGGCAUGCAGGCCUUGGCUAGCCCAUUGGCUUGUAUUAAAAUGCUGUCUCCUUGCCCGAAGGCAGGGCCGAGGUGCUCCACUCAGGAGGUGGAGCGGGGUAAUGCCCCCUAGCUAUUUAAUGGGACACUACCCAGUUCCUAUCCACCACCACGGCCCACUGCUGUCACAAGCAUUUUCUUGGCAGGCGUCUGGCUGUCUCUCCCCCCUACCCCAGCCUGUGCGCUACAGCAAGGCUCUCUGCUGUCAUAGCGGUUCUCAAACAAGCUCCUUUGAGGACUAGGAAAUCUCCCCCCCACACACACCCUCAAAGCGUCCUCGGUCUGGCUCCAGCUUGGCUUGGUGCAGCCAGGCCGUGGUCAAAGCAUGUGCUUUCCCCAGCACUCAUGUGGCCCUGGUGAGGGAGAGUGGAGUGGAGUUAGAGUGGGAGUACUUGGUUCUGUUCUGCCUGUGCCACAGUGCUCACUGCAGAACCUCUGUGCCUCAGUUUCCCUGGCUGUCCAGUAGUAGUAGCUACCCAUAACACGCUGUGGGGUCCUUGGCUGGAAGACACCAGAGGCGAAGCGGCAUGUCAUAUAACAAUGAGAAGAGCCUCUGUGUCCCGCUGGGAGAAAUUCUGCAUAGCCCUUCUCCCUGCAGUCCCACGUAUGCUCAGUGAGACAGGCGGGGCUGUUCUCUUAGCACUAGUGCCUAGAAGAUCUGAGUAAGAUCAGGGCCCCUUGGUGUCAGGGGCUGUACAGAGGCUCAGUGAAACAUAGACCCUGCCCCAAAACGUUCACUGUCUUCAAUAGGGAAGACAAAGGGUGCGGGAGAGGAAGGAUUAUACUGGUUUUACAGAGGGGGAACUGGCUCCCUGCGAGCCUGUUGGCCAGACUUUUCCAGUGAGCUCAGCCUCUCACAUGUUGGGCGCUUUUGAAAAUCUGGCCCGAAGCGUGUGCUGCCCAGACUCAAUGGCACAACCAGAAAUGGAAUCCAGGUCUCCUGAAUCCCAGCCCGGUGCGUUAUCCCUGAGCCCAUCAGCCACCCCUAACUGGGGUGAAAACUGGGUCCAGCUCAGAGGGGGUCUUGUGAGCUCUCCCUCCGGCGAUUCCUGCUGCUGGGGCUAGUCGGGGAGGCAGCGAGAGGCCUGCCCCUCGUGUCCUCUUUUCCCCCCCAAGCCUCCCCGCCACAGGAACAGUUUCCAAAUAAUCCUGUCCCUUCAUUUCUCACUUGAUUGCUGAAUCCCCAGGAGGGUAUCUUUCUCUUCAUCCCCCUCCCGCCUCGUGGCAGGGCAGGUGAUGCUAUGAGCAAGGCAUUGCUGGCUCGCUGUGGGGCCAUCUCUAAAAUACUGGGCCCUCCUGGCCACUGGUAUCCCCUCCAGCCAGCGGCUGCCCGCCCUGUCUGAAUGGUAGCCGCUGCCUAAGAGCGGUGUGUCUCCUACAGGCAGCUUACUGGCAGAUGGCUCUGAACCCUGGUCCAGCAGCAUGGCUGCCAAUUUUGAGGGGCAAGUGGGAUGAUUAAAGGGGUGUGUACCCCUCCCCUCCCCGCUCCCCCCCAGCUGUCCGUGUGCUCUUGCAGUGUCGUUGUGCUGCUGUGGGGUCCCUGGGGGGGCAGCUGGGGGCAUGCUGUGUGUAGUGGGCCGAAGCCUUGUGAGUGUGGAAUUAAAGCUGCACGGUUUGAUUUCUCCGGGGUGACUUUGUUGCUGGGUGGAUCCCUGCAUGGGCCGGAGGUGGGAGUGUAUGUUGAGAACAGCUCAAGGCGUGGAAAUCCCUUGGCAGAGUUAGACCGGCCCGUGCAAACUGGGCUGACCUGUGGGGUGUGGGUGGAUGCUGCAGAAGCAGGUGUCUGGUUCCUCUGCCCCACUGGGCUGCAAGGGGGAAUGGAUGUCUGUCCAGAUGUGCACCCACGCUCCACGAGCAAGGUCUCUGGGAGACCAUCUCCAGCACCUGCCGCAGGCGUUAAGUCCUAAGGGGCCUAGGCACAGCUGAGAACAUCUGCGUUUUCAAGGCAGGGGGCGGGGGCAGAACAACCUGCCCGGAGAAAGCAAGAAGCCAUGUCCCUGUGCUUCAGGCAGCCUCUGAGAAAUGGCUUUCAGGAGGGUAGGAGCACCUGCUGCGCAUAAUUGGCCUGUUUCCCUGAAAGCAGCCCUGUGUCUGUCUGCGUCUGUCUGUCCCCCACUCACAGUUUAUUUGCCUGUCUAACUACAUUACCCGCUUGGGGCCAGAUCGACAGCAGGAGUCUCUACUCCGUGCCAGGCCUGGCUUAGGGACAGAGGAGGAUUCUCAGCAGAGAGCUCCCUUGGGAAAGUGGGGGUGUCCUUGCAGUGUGGGAGCUGCUAUGGGAAAGGGGGGUGUGUCUUUUUUCCUAAG